GUAAAAUUGAAAGCUCUGGAGGCGUGUGAGAAGUUAAGGGGGUGCGAAAAAUAAAAACUCUUAAAUUGGGGUUUAUAAUUUGCAAGGAAGGCCCAUAAGAAUAUGGUGGUUAUCGAUCUCUCUCCGGUGGAGUAACCAACCGCUAAACCGACGAUGAUGAAGAACGGAUUAGCGGCGUACAAGAUAUACAGAGCUCUAAGCUACGGCGUAUCACCGUUAAUCCGUCUUCACUUACGGUGGCGCAGAUUCCGCGGCCUUGAACACCUCCAACGAUGGCCAGAACGGCUAGGUCAUCCCUCUCAACCUCGACAACCAGGUCCCCUCGUAUGGUUCCACGCCGUUUCAUUAGGCGAAGGGAUGAUUGCAAUUCCAGUAAUCAAACACUGCAUUCAGAAAAUGCCUCAUUUGAAUAUACUCUUGACCAUAACCACUCUCUCUGCAUUUGAAGUGCUAAGAAAACGGCUUCCAAGUGAAAUCAUUUUACAGUUUUCACCAGUUGAUACACCUGCUUCCAUAAGUUCUUUCCUACAUUAUUGGAAACCAAAUGCUAUUGUGCUGAUGGAAAGUGAACUCUGGCCAAAUCUUAUCAUGGAUGCUUCAAAAAAUGGUAUAACACUGGCACUGUUAAAUGCUCGGAUUUCUGAAAAAUCCUUUAAUAUUUGGUCAGGAUCUGUGCUUCUUCCAUUGAUUUCAUUGAUGUUUUCCAAGUUUUCCUUGAUUGUGCCAUUGAGUACAGAGCAGGGUGUCCGGUUUCAGCUACUGCAAGCUCCUCCUUAUAUCAUAAACUUUUCUGGUGAUCUAAAGUAUGUAAUAGGAGACAUUGGAGUCGAUGAAAGCAGCAGAAAAAGUAUAGAUAAUCUAAGACUACAGCUUUCUCACAAGCAGGUUUGGAUGGCUUCUUCCAUUCAUAGGGGGGAAGAAGAAAUAAUAUUAGGAGUUCACACUGUCCUUAUGCAGCUGCAACCUAAUAUUGUUACUAUUAUUGUCCCUCGGCAUCCACAGCAUGGACGAGAGAUUGCGAAAAAAUUGGAAAGAGAAGGACAUAAUGUUGUUUUGAGAUCACAACACGAGAGGUUUACGCCAGAAACAAAUAUUUAUGUGGUAGACACUUUGGGUGAAUUAAGACAGUUGUACACAUUAACACCAAUAGCAGUGAUUGGGGGUUCGUUCGUCCCUGGUUUAUCUGGCCAUAAUAUCUCAGAAGCUGCAGCAGCUGGCUGUGCUAUUCUGACAGGUCGCCAUGUUGGCCAUUUCUCCCACAUGGUACUGGAAAUGCAACAAUCGAAUCCUCUGUCCGUACUUCAGGUGGUUUCUGGAAGAGUGGAGCUUGAAAAUUCUCUCAUUGAGCUCUUCACAAAUACAACACUUCUUGAAACUCGUCGUAGAGCUGCAAAGGAAGCAUUUUGUAUGUUGUCCAGUGAUAUUGUUGCGAAUAUAUGGAGUUUGCUAAAUUUUCAUAUUUUUAGUAGAUCGUUUACUGAGACGAAGCCUCAUUAAUAUCACAGCAAAGAAUAUGAAGAGUGAAACUUCAUAACUAGGGCAUUUAACGUGAGAUAAAACUAUACUCAAAUUGCUACCAUAUUUCCCUGUAAUAGUGGUCUGUUUUCUCAAUAAAUUGCUAGGAAAGACCAAUUUAGCAUAAGCAAAUGUUUUUGUGUACUUGCUUAAAGGUGCUGCGUCUAUUUCAAGUUACUUUCUUACUCCUGAAGUUCUAUUAGUAUUUCAUUUGCAAGCUUGAAGAGUGUAGAUGCCAGAUUUUCACUUUCAUCCAAGAGCAUUGUGAUAAGGAUUUUGGGUAUUAUGGGGUGCCCAAAUCCCUCGUUGAGUAGUAUGAGAUGAACAAUGGAGUAUUUAAGUACCACAUUUUUUUCUUUUGAUAGCUAGUUUUGAAGGGAAGGUUUCCCAAGUGUGUGAAUAUUUAUCAACUGGUAUCGGAGCUGGUUGUUGGCUCAAAAAGGGCUAUUUAUGGAAAGACUGUCUAGGAAGGUCAUGCAAAGCAACUUAGACUGCAACCUGAAGUCAACUCUCGGGGAGGUGGGGGGAAUGGUAGGGACUUAAGAAUUAUGAGAUGUCCAAGUCCCAUAUCGAGUCGUAUGAAAUGCUCAGUAGAGUAUUUAAGUGAGUUCUUACCCCCUUUAUGGUUAGGUUCUCCAAUUGUUUGCUUACUUACCACAUUGUUGUGAAGUAUUUAUUUAUAAUUAAUUUUGUGCCGACAAUGGUUAGUUUGUGCUUCAAUAGGUCAAGUUUAUGAGCUGAACAACACUCACCUCCAACUUUGGCACUUAAGUGAGGAUUUCUCAAAAAAGCCCUUAUGGUGGUAUGCAAUGUUUUUCUAUGUGGCUUUGAAUUUUGUGAACGAAGUACUAGAAAACUGAAUGUGGCUGACUGGCUGCAACCUAGUUUGAUUGAAACAAUAAAUCAAAUUGAAGUAUAUCACAAUCAAUUUGUGCUGUAACUGGACCUUUGGUGUAUAGUCAAGUCAACUUUUGAUUUAUUAGAUUAUGGUCCUCAAAACAACUUAUGACCCUGCUUUCUUUUUAAUGUUCCGAUACUUAUGAUCCUGCAUUCCACUGCUUCAAACCAUUACUUAGUUGUAUACUUGUGUUAAUGCAUCACCAGAAAUUCUGUCGUAUAUCAUAUCUUUUAAAAAUAGAUACAUGCAUCAUUAUAUAUUCACGUACAUUUGAAUUACACAUGCUACACACACAUAAAAACACACUCAUACAAAUUGAUCUAUAGAAGAAAAACAGGCAGGUAGCAGAUAUUACAUCUGGACAAUCCAAAAUGAUAUCAUUUGGAAUUAUAACAUGGUUGUCAAGAACUACUCUUGGACAGCAGUGCAUGUAAUCGACUAAGGAAAAUGAUGGAUAAAGUUGUUCUCCUUAGGCUACUACAAUAACUCUUAUGCUUAAUGCUUGUAGUUGUUGCUCCUUUUUCUGUCAAAGACUUCAAGUAAUGGUACAGAGUCUUUGGAAAAGCACAAAUCUAGCUUUUUUGUAAGCACAGGGGAAGAGGAUCGACGUGUGCGAGUUCCUCUACCAAGGGACUGAAGAAUAUCUUCAAAUAGGAACUCAUCACAAGGUAUAGCCAGAGGACCACUCUUGUUGAAGCCAUGUCCUUCAUAUGCCUGAUCAAGCAGUUGUUGAAGCAAUGGGUGGUUCAGGUAGUCAGCUCUUAUGACAAACCUCCUGUUUGCCUCUCCUACUAUCACAGCCAAGUGGCCUCGCGGCACGUCUGAUGG